AUGGGCAACAAGGACAAAUCCACCCUGCCCAAGAACUGGCCCGACUCGAUCCGAUACCUCAGCUCGCCCAUCUACUCGCCCCAACUUACAGCAGCCCAGUUCGCCGCCAUCCGCACCCGCCCCGCCGAUGCGCCGGAGGACACGCAGGCCUCGCUAGACGUGCUCAAGCCCGGGCCCAGCGCAAGCGUCCGCAUCACCCCCAUCUCCGACCCGCAGCACCCGGCGUGCGGCCAGAGCGGGCUCUUCGCGGCGCGGGACCUGAGGCCCGGCGAGCUGGUGGUCGCCUACGUGGGCGAGGUCCACCCCGGCGCCGGCGACGGCAACCCGCAUGCCCAGUCCGACUACGACCUGUGGCUCGACCAUGCGGCCGGCGUGGCCGUGGACGCGGCCCGGGCGGGCAACGAGGCCCGCUUCGUCAACGACUACCGCGGCGUGCCGGGGCGGCAGCAACAGCAGCAGCGGCCCAACGCGGAGUUCCGCGAGGCGUGGGACGGCCGGCGCGGGGAGAAGGUCAUGGCUGUGUUUGUGCUGCCGGCUGGAAAGAAGGCCGUGGGCAGGGCCAGGACGGUGGGGAUCGUCAAGGGGCAGGAGAUCCUGGUGAGCUACGGGAAGGGGUUCUGGCAGGAGAGGAUGGCGGAGGGGGAGCUUGGGGGGGAUGGUCCCGAGUCCUAGGGGCCUGGAAUGGCGGCGUAGUACGAUUUGGUACCUUGACCCAAUGACGAACAAAUGCAGCACUCAUUGUCUCCCACGUUAUCGAGAAUCGUAGGCAUCGUGCAGUUGUAUCGAAGAAGCCUCCUGCCAAUUACCAUGUAUUACCCGGCAGGCUAUAGCAAGAUAUGAGCGACUGGCAAUGCCUGCCAAAAGAUGCCUGCCAGCUGGAUGCUCCUAAAAAUGCCAAACUCAUUAUACCUGGGGCGCACAUACCCGGCACUUG